GCCACCGUACCGAGACACAUUGGAGCUGGAAUACAGUCACUUAGAACUCGAUUAUGUCUAGAUUUCUACUUAAUUUAUCAAAGACAAGGUUAUUUAUUUUCCAGCGUGAGGUCUACAGUUAUAUUUAUUCAUGCUGUCACGGUAGCAUUUCGUCUUAGACGGAUAGAUAGACAGACAGCCUCAUAAACCUAUUUAUUAUUGCACUGCCAACCCUUGUUCCUUUCCUGUGUCAAUGAUUGUCCUACCCUCACUCUCAUGGCGGAGACUAAAAUAAUAUAUCACAUUGACGAGGAGGAGACUCCUUAUCUAGUGAAAUUACCCGUUUCUCCUGAGAAAGUCACUUUAGCGGAUUUUAAAAAUGUCCUUAACAAUCGUCCGGUCAAUAGCUACAAAUUCUUUUUCAAAUCCAUGGACCAGGAUUUUGGGGUUGUCAAAGAGGAGAUUUCCGAUGACAACGCCAAGUUGCCCUGCUUCAACGGGAGAGUGGUGUCCUGGCUGGUCCUGGCAGAGAGCUCCCACUCUGAUGGGGGGUCCCAGUGUACAGAGAGCCACCCAGAGCUGCCACCCCCCCUGGAGAGGACAGGGGGCAUCGGUGACUCCCGCCCACCCUCCUUCCAUGCCAACGCAGUAAGCAGUCGGGAUGGCCUGGACACGGAGACGGGUACAGAGUCCCUCCUGAGCCACCGUAGGGAGAGGGAGAGAGAACGCGCACGGAGGAGAGCACGAGAGACUGAAAUCCCUCGUAUCAAUGGCCACUCUAAGUCGGAGCGCACAGCAAGGGACUCUGCCAUGGGCUACGACAGCGCCUCAGUGAUGAGCAGUGAACUGGAGUCCAGCUCCUUCGUCGACAGUGAGGAGGAUGAGGACGCCAGCCGACUCAGCAGCUCCACAGAGCAGAGCUCGUCUUCUCAGCUAAUGCGCAGACACAAACGCCGCCGACGGAGGCACAAAGUGGCCAAAAUAGACCGGUCUUCGUCCUUCAGCAGCAUCACAGAUUCCACUAUGAGCCUCAACAUCAUCACUGUCACACUCAACAUGGAGAAGUAUAACUUCCUGGGUAUCAGUAUUGUGGGGCAGAGUAACGACCGGGGGGACGGCGGGAUCUACAUCGGCUCCAUCAUGAAGGGAGGAGCUGUGGCUGCAGACGGCAGGAUAGAACCUGGAGAUAUGCUCCUACAGGUGAACGAUGUGAACUUUGAGAACAUGAGCAACGAUGACGCCGUGAGGAUCCUGAGAGAGAUCGUCUCCAAAACAGGUCCUAUUAGUCUUACUGUGGCCAAGUGUUGGGACCCGUCUCCGCGAAGCUACUUCACCAUCCCCCGGGGUAAGACACUUACCGAUGUGCCACCAACAACAGCUGAGCCAGUGAGGCCCAUCGACCCUGCUGCCUGGAUCUCCCACACAACGGCCCUGACCGGACCCUACCCACACUACGAAUUUGACGACUUGCCUCUAUCUGCGAGUAAGACGGACAUGGCAACCAUCGUCAAGGUGAUGCAGCUACCUGACUCUGGUCUGGAGAUCCGGGACAGGAUGUGGUUGAAGAUCACCAUCACCAACGCUGUCAUCGGUGCUGACGUGGUGGACUGGCUCUACUCGAGGGUGGAGGGCUUCAAGGACAGGAGAGAUGCUAGGAAGUAUGCCAGCAGUCUGCUGAAACAUGGCUACCUGAGACACACCGUCAACAAGAUCACCUUCUCAGAGCAGUGCUACUACACCUUCGGAGACCUCUGCCAAAACAUGGCGUCUCUCAACCUGAAUGAGGGUUCCAGUGGUGGGGGCUCUGAGCAGGAUACCCUGGCCCCCCUCCCUCCCCCUGCCACCAACCCAUGGCCCCUGGGGGGCCAGCCGUUCCCCUGCCCUCCCUUCCCCUCCGCCCCUCCAGGCUUCCCACCAGGCUACUCAGACCCCUGCCAAAGUUUCCACAGUGGGAGUGCAGGCAGCCACAACAGUGAGGGAAGCAGAAGCAGUGGAUCCAACCCAAGCGCAGGGACAGGGAAGGGCCCUGACCAAAACUCCUCCCCACAAGUGAAGGGUCACAGGUCCACAUGCAGUGAAACUGAGCCAAAGGGGAUCAGAGGAGCGAGGCGCGCUUGCGAUAAGUCCACCAGCCAGCAGAGUCAUCACAGUCAUCACAGCAGCCAUGCCCACUCAAGUCACAGCCACGCCCGCUCUGGUUUCAGCCAUGCUCAGUCUCACAGGAGUCACUGUCAAUCACAGAACAGCCACACCCACAGCCACACAUCCUUCAUCUACAAACACGCCACUUUCACCAAGCCUGGGCCCGGCUCGUGUGGCCACAGCGAGCGAAGCCACGCCUCCUCUUACGGCCCCCCCGGCCUGCCCCCCUCAUACUGCCUGUCCCGGCUGGCCUCUAAGACCUCCGUCAGCAGCAGCACCCCUCCCGGGGCUCCCCCGGUACGGGGGCUAGGAGCCGUCCCCCCUGAGCUCACGGCUAGCCGCCAGUCCUUCCAGCACGCUAUGGGCAAUCCCUGCGAGUUCUUUGUUGACAUCAUGUGACAGACAGGACAGUGCCUUUUAAAAACUUGCUGAGCACAAACUAGCCCCCCCGUCCUACCGCUCGUCCGUCCCACCUCACCUUCUCUUCUUUACCCCAUUUGCUACUGACUAUUCCUGGGUUGAGAAUGUAGACGCUGGUCCCCUCCGUCCCCAUGCUGUCAACAACGGCCCCUCGGAUGUCGGAGCAGGGGAGGACAGGAGACAAGAGCACAACAGAACUGAAGAGAGUCCUGCCAUCACAAAAACACACAGAGCCUCAGUGUCUGAUCAGAACCCCCAGACAGCUCUUUUGUAUUGACGUGACGUGAACAGUUUGUGAAAUUGAUGUGAGUGGUGUUCAAUGUGGUGAUCCUUGUGAGCUGCCACAGACAGUCCAGUCCCGAGAGCAUGUAGUUACUCUAUGUGGAGAACAAGCACCCAAGCCAACUGACUGGGUCUGGAUCUCAAUCCCCCAGACCCACCCGGACACAGAACUCUGGAAGAGGGAAGCCUCACGGGAGGCUCUGGACUAUGAGUCAGCCUCCUAGAAUGUCGCCCUUUACACAAACUUCUACUAUUUGGCCAAUCAUACCAAAACUCCUGCUCUAACUGACUGACCUGCUAUCCGGUCUGCAGGGGGACCGUGACAUAUUCUAACUAGUCAAAGCUAGCCUCGGCCUAUUUCACAGCCCUUGUAUUUGUCCAACUAAGGGAAGCACUGUAACCAGUUGUUAGUUUAAACUAUAGGCUGCUUAUCUGCAUGACUAUCUCAACUGCUUUAAAAGGAAUAGACAUAUUCAUUUUGUUAAAUAUUUGAAAUUUGGGGGAAAAAAUCCAUACACUGGAGAAUGUUUGAUGUUAUUUACGUGAUCAUGAUGUUGCAUUGACGGUCAGUGUCAUACGUUGUCUCGCUCUAUGGCUGACUCAUACGUAGACACUCAGUCAGACAUCGUGUCCCUCUGUGACUCAGUGGCCAGGAUUUGACCACUGUCCUAGCUGUGCUUUGUCCAAUGCAUCAUUAUUAUUGCAGUCAAUGGAUUCCUGACCAGAACAGACUCGUGUUGUGAACACAUUAGAUUUUUAACUGUUUCCACAUACACUAUACAUACAAAAGUAUGUGGACACCCCUUCAAAUUUGUGGAUUCAGCUAUUUCAGCCACACCCGUUGCUGGCAGGUGUAUAAAAUCA